AGUCCUCUCCCGUCCAUCGACGUGGCCGCACCUCGUCUACCUCGUGCAGCCACGGACGUUAUUAAAUAAUUUUUACUUUAAUAUAUUUAUUAUCAUCAUCGUGAUUACAGUCUUCUGUAUCUGCAUUUUGGUUUUAUAAACUCAGUGAAAAAAAUCUAACAUAAUUUUAGUGGACUUUGGAAGUUUUCAGUGCGAGGACCGAUAAUGUGUUUGUGAAUUUAUUAUCAAAUUUAACGAGAUUACACUACGAAUUGAAGUAAUCAUUGUACUUACUGUCAGCUGGAUUCCGUCGUUAAAGUUAUAAAUAUUUUCUAAGAUGAAUCAACAGUGCAAAGUUUGUGGCGAACCGGCAGCGGGCUUCCAUUUUGGUGCAUUUACUUGCGAGGGUUGUAAGUCAUUCUUUGGACGUACUUACAACAACCUGAGCAGCAUAUCAGAGUGCAAGAACAACGGAGUUUGCGUGAUAAACAAGAAAAAUCGCACGGCUUGCAAAGCAUGUCGUUUACGAAAAUGCCUUUUGGUAGGAAUGUCGAAAUCUGGAUCCCGGUACGGACGUCGCUCCAAUUGGUUCAAAAUCCACUGUCUCCUGCAGGAGCAGACCCAUAACCACGGAGCAGCGCCACCAUUUGGCCCCGGAUAUAUGCCGAGCUUCAUGUCAUCCCAGAACUCCUCUGCGGAAGGAAAUUUCAAGGAGAAGGAGAUGGCGUCGCCCAGCGAAGAAGAUAUAAGCGUACAGAGGCAUAUCAUGCACCUCGCAAUGAUGAACAAAGAGCUUGAGCGCAGCAAUAAGUCACCGCAUCCAGAUGACCUCGCGCUGCAGCAUCGUCUCAGAGUGCUAGCUUGGCAACGGGAACAAGAGCGACUGACCAACCAGCAGCAACACCAGGAUCCUGGAACACCACCACGUGAUACAACGCCACCUACGUCCUACAACUACAGAAAUCCCGCAGUCUCUCCAUGCUCAAUAUACUCACCCGCUGCAAGCUACGGGUCCAAAGAGACGGCCGCCAGCCCUCCAGGAGUUUUUCGGCCGUAUCUGCCGGGAUUCAAACGAACUGCUGACACUCCCAGUGACAGCGGAUCUUCAUCAAUAGAUGGUGCGGAUGAGUCCUGCAGUGAGUCCACUUGCUACGACUACAUCAAGAGCAACCCUUCGCCCAUUAAAAUGACCGCCUCUUUGGCACUCACUGCUGCCACAACCGCGUACCCACACAACCAACUGGCCCUAGUCUAUCCGCCAGGUUUAGUCACUCCCGCAGCUUCUCAACACUCUCCUCGUGGUGGUGACUUGCUCCUUGUCAGCCCUAGUCCCGGUGGCCUGGCUGUUGAACAAGACGAGCCGAUAGACCUCAGUAUCAAAAGCACCAAAAGUUCACCCAGACCCGAACAGUCCCCUGAAGUUGAACACACGGAAAACGAAGCACGACCUGAAAUUAGUGAUAAUUCCGGCGAGGAACCGAGUACUAAGAGCAAACCUCUUGACCUCACGCUCACUGUUAAAAGGCCAGAAGUAACUCUUUCGAUCUAAUUUCAAUUAUUUUUUGGUAAAUUUAAAUAAAUCAUUUUUUUUUCUUUUUUUUUUUUUUUCUUUUAUUCUUGAAUCUUUCGUGAGACAACGAGUGAGGCUGGACCCUACACACUGCAGGUCGUGGCUCAUGAAUAACUGUGUUCAAUGUGUAAAUAUAUAUAUUUUUAUGCAGCCAAUUAAUUUAUUGUAAUAGUUAGCAGAUUUUUAUUAUUAUUUUAAUAAUUAUUAUUAUUAUUUUAUUAUUAAUAUCAUUAUUAUUAUUAUUAUUACUAUCAUAACUAUACUAUUAUUAUUAUUAUUAUUAUUAUUAUUAUUAUUAUUAUUAUUAUUAUUAUUAUUAUAAUUAAUGGAUGUGGAUUUGUUUUUACAUUUAUGAGAACUCCGAUCAUCUCGAGUAUAUUCAAGGCCAGUAGGUGACUUAAUAUAUAAAUUAAUUAAUUAUUUUAAAAAUGUAUGUAAUAGUAAAGGAAAAAAAAAUUAUAGAAUUAAGGUUUAGAGUAAAUAAAAAAUUAUUUUCUAAGCUGCAUUGAUAUGCACCGAGGGUUUUUUAAAUUGACAAUUAAUUAUUUUGGUAAUUGUGUAGUUACGCUUUUUCCUGUUUUUGAGAAUGUUCUUUCCGUUUUAUUUUGGAGUUAUUCAAAUCAAGACUUUUCAAGAUAUGAUAAGUCAUUUAUAUACGUAAAUUUAAUACGUAAAAGUAAUAAUUCCAAAAUAAAGAGUUUAGAAUAUUUGUAAUGUCAAAUUCAGAAUUAUAUAGUUACCAAAAGCUUAAAAUAAAUUUUAAAAAUAUCAAUAAAUAAUAAUUAUUUGGCCGAAAAAAUAAAAUUUCAUACUAAAUAUAAAUAUAUAUUUAAACAAUUAUACAUAUGUUUGUUUUAUAUAAAAAUGUAAAUAAAACUGUUUACAUUGAUGUAAAUAGCAGGUGAUCUGAGAGGCCAGUAAGCGAAACAUUAAAAAAAAAUAAUAAUAAUAAAUGAUUUUUCCUA